CACCCCUGGGCCCAGAGAAGGAGUGUCAACCGCACUUGCGAACUGAAGGUUGCCUGCAGUUAUGCCCUGCUGUCUGCUGGCCCUUCUUCUGGGCACUUUCUUAGGAGUCAGAGCUCAGACCAUCCAUCAAUGGCCAUCCACCAGGGUGCAGCCUGCAGGCAGCCCGCUCUCUCUGGAGUGCACCGUGAAGGGGACAUCAAGCCCCAACCUGUACUGGUACCGGCAGGAGGCAGGGGGGAGCCUCCAGCUGCUCUUCUCCUCUGUUGGUGUUGACCAGAUAGAACCUAGGGAGUUCCAGAACUUCGAAGCUUCCAGGCCCCAGGACGGCCAGUUCAUCCUGAGUUCUAAGAAGCUGCAGCUCAAUAACUCUGGCUUCUACCUCUGCGCCUGGAGUCUCACACUGCGCUGGGUGGGGCAGACAUCCGUGCAGAAACCCCAUCCUCUCCCACGCCCUCCUCACCCCCUGCAGCAGCUCUCACUCAGGGACUGGGUGGAGGAUGUCUGUCGCUGGGUUUCUGACUGUCAGCCAGCGUGAGGGCAACAGACUCAAGCCAGAGUCUCCAAAAGAACUUAACUACGUUCUUGUUUUUUGCUUAGUCACCCAGUUGUGCCUGACUCUUUUGCGACCCCAUGGACUGCAGCCUGCCAGGCUCCUCUGUCCAUGGGAUUUCUCAGGCAAGAAUACUGGAGUGGGUUGCCAUUCCCUUCUCCAGGAGAUCUUCCCAAGCCAGGGAUUGAACCCGCAUCUCCUGCAGUGGCAGGUGGAUUCUUCACCACUGAGCCACCAGGGAAGCCCCACCGUGUUCGUAGGGAGAAGGGAAAAGAUUUAUGUACAGAGAACGGGUGACAUUCAGGCACACGGUCAAGUUCCUGACGUGCGGAUGUCUCGUCUAGGCUAUCAUGCUUCAGCCCUGAAAGUGUGCUGUUCCUUGCCCAUCACCCUCUUCUCCCACAUUCCUGUGGGUCUACGCUGGGGGCUGAGGUUGUGCCUAUGCUGACGAGAGACGAGAGGAAUAGCAUGCACCCACACUGGGAUGUGAUGUGACGGGGGACCAGUGAGCAACUCUGCGGAUGCCAACUCAGGUUACCUAAUUAGUUACUUUUCAUCACCUGGAAAAGUCUCCUGUCCUUGCUCUUUGUGUGAAGAAUAGACAUCUUGUGGAGGCUUUGGGCCAGGGAAGGAGCAAGAUGAUAUUGUAGGGGCUACAAGAGUGAUUUUUGUCAGUAUCAGAAAUGUGUACUUAGGAACACUGAUUAUUGUUUUGAGUUUUAGAUUUUUUAAAAAUUCCCAUUCUAUCGUGUCUCCUGCCUCUCCUUAUAGCAAUGGAGGGAGCAGAGAAGCAGAUGGUGAUCAAAGAGAUGCAAGAGACCGGAUAAAGGGAGCCUGUGUGUGUAAAGGCAAAACCCUGAAAGAGAGAAAUUACUUGGAUGGAAAUAAAGGAGAAGAAAGGCUCAUGGGGAUGGCUGGAAAGAGAUACCAUAGUUACCUUGGCAACUGAGCCUCCUUCCUCAUCCCACAGCCCCGCAUCCCUCCCUCCUCCUCCUCGUUCCUAAAAAGAUUUUCUUUUCUAAUGUCCCUUCUGUUCCACGAGGGGGCACAAGAAGUCUUAAAAUACUCUGUUCCUGGCAUCAUUUCAUUUAGGACAAUUCAGACAUGUGUUUGUUUUCAAUACCAUUCACUCUGCAGAAUAAAAUCAGGCAGAGACACAAAGCAAUCAAGUCAGUAUUGAAUAACGCCCAGGGGUCCUGUUGCAUCUUAAGAUCUACCAUGUAUUAAGUGGAUAUACGUGCUUGACACUCAGAGCCAACACAGGGAUUAAAAAGAGCAAUGAAAUACACUCAAGAUCGUGCUGGGUAUGGUCACAGCAUGGCAUAGUUAAGACUCUUGGAAUUUGAGCUUAGCAGAUACAUACUACUACAUAUAAAAUAGAUAAAUGCCAAGGUCCUACCGUACAGCACAGAGAACUAUAUUCAAUAUUCUAUAAUAAACCAUGAUGGAAAAGAAUAUGGAAAAGGAUGAAUAUAUGUUUACGUAUAACUGAGUAUCCUUGCUGUAACCAGAAGCUAACACAACAUUGUACAUCAACUAUACUUCAAGAAAAAGAAUAAAAAAUAGAAGUUGCAGGAAAAAAAUCAAGGCACUUGGGUUGUUUUUUUUUUUCACCCCAUGCGUGAAAAUUUAAAUUUUCUAAGUCAAUCAGCAAUGUUUACAGCCAUAAAAAUAAAGAUGUAUUUACAACUCAAGUUUGGUUCAUACUUAGCAAUAAACAGCAUCUUAAGCCAA